ACCCAAGAGAUCACUUUCCUUCGCGGAGCAGACAAGUUGGUUCCACAUUUUUUAAUGUCAAACAAAACUUGCAUCUUGUUUUUUAUUUAUUUUUUACCCCUGACAUUGCCAUCAAUAUGGAAAUGAACGGCAGCGCCGACAGACAAAAUGGAGGGGAGGUUCCCCAUACAGGUGUCUGGCACGGUGGCAGCCCCUCUGCUCUCCUGAACAUGAACCACUAUGCCAAUAAGAAGAGUAUAGCAGAGAGCAUGCUGGACGUAGCCCUGCUCAUGGCCAACGCUUCCCAGCUGAAGGCUGUCCUGGAGCAGGGGCCAGACUUCUCCUUGUACACUCCCCUCAUCACUCUCAUCAGCAUCUCCCUCAGCCUGCAGGUCACUGUGGGGGUCCUCCUCAUCUUCAUCGUGCGGUGGAACCUGAAUGACCAGAGUAAACACUUCAGGCUGAAUGUAAUGGAGAACCUGGCCACAGGCCUCGUCUUCGUCAUCGUAGUAGUCAACGUCUUCAUCACUGCCUUUGGAGUACAGAAACCCAAUCAGAAAGCCUGACCAGGACACAGAAAUGCAUCACCACCCCCUUAGCUUCCAUUGCUAACCAUGGAAUCACACAGACAUACCAUGAUCCAGCUAGUGACACACAAAUCCACUAACCAGGACAAUAGACAGAUCUAUAAACAUUUUGUAUAUCUAUUGCUCUCAUGCACUGUAUCUGGCUCUAACUCCGUGUAAUACCCCUGAGUUGGUUGGAGGAGUCUGGAAUGAAAAGAACUUCUGAAGGAUUUCAUAUUCAGAUGCGCUUCAUCAUCAUCAUGGCUGCAGAUCAUUCUAAGUGGGACUAAUAGCUGUCUGUCUGUUGGGACUGGGAGUACUGGGAUUCAAACAGAACAAUCACUCUAGUGACACCCUCCCCACUCCCUCACCCCUCCAAUCUGCCACUCACCCCUCCUCCCCAUCUGCUCUUUGAUCUGGGUCUCCCUACAGACAGAAACAGAUAUAGAAACACACAGCUCACUGAAGCAAAGCUACUGAGAAUAGACACCAGGACUCUUAACUGCCACAGAGAAUCAUCAUCUACAAGACGUCACUCAUCAUCUAUCUUACUGUAACCAGUAAGGGUACUAGAGGAGAUUCCAUAGAGAAAUACACAUGUUCACUUGAACUGCAGAAUAGUAACCACACCUGUCGUCUAAAGCUGCUAUGUAAAGCUGCUAUGGCACUUGUGAUCAUCUUCAUAGCAGCUCAUUUCAUUAUCCUCUUAUCUGGCUUGCAGAUGUCUCUGGGCUAGGUCAUGAGUGCCCUCUAGUGGUAUUUUUGGUGCUAUUGCAAUGAUGUGAGAUCUUUGUAUUACAUUGUCAGGUUACCACUCUCACAGAUACGUCCUGCUCUGGUAAUAAAUGAACAUCCAAAAAGCACCAUACUGCCUGAAGAAGUGCUGCUGGCUUCUGUAAUGUGUAAGUAUGUUAUUUGUGUAAACCAAUCAUAUUUUUUUGUGAUGUUUGUAUUGUUUCCCACCCCUGAUUUACUCCUAAACAAGUCACACCAAAAUGAAAUGUUAAAAAGGACAGCUGUUACUAACACUAGCAAUGAAAUGUUAAAAAGGACAGCUGUUACUAACACUAGCAACGAAAUGUUAAAAAGGACAGCUGUUACUAACAUUAGCAAUGUUUUAGCAUGUGUGUACAGGUAUGUGCACUAGUCUAUUCUUGUUUUUUCCCCAGAACAUUCUACAUUCCUAAUUAUGAAAUGUAUUUUUCUUAAAAUAAUAGUUAUUCUUUAUUUGUCCUAUUUCACACAUGUACAUGUGUUCAUUAAUAUGCAUGUGUGA